CCCCGCCUCGCCUAGGAGACGGCCGCGCGAGGAGCCGAGCCGAGCCGGCCGCGCUCGUCGCUGCCGGUGCGGCUGCUCGUACCACAUAGCGGGCGCCGCGGGCCAGCGGUCAGAGAGUGCGUGCUUCCUUACCGCACGCACAGCUUGUGUUUGGCCGAGUGGGGUCUGCCGCCGGGGAUUGAGGAUGGGGAAGUAGCUGCAGGAGACGACCUCGCAGCACCGAGGGUUUUCUGGUGGCGUGAAAAGGAUUAGAAAUGAACCAAAACCAUUCACAGAUUAACAUUUUGGGAAAAAAUUCAUGAUACCUGUUUCACCUUUGGAGUAAUGUGGACAGAAGUUCUCAGAUUUGCAUAUUACAUCAACCGGAACCAGUGGCAUUAUCUUAAUGUUCACUUGAGUCAGAACUUGUACAAGAAAAACAAUGGGAGUCUGGUUAAAUAAAGAUGACUAUCUCAGAGACUUGAAAAGGGUCAUGCUCUGUUUUCUAAUAGUGUAUAUGGCCAUUUUAGUGGGUACAGAUCAGGAUUUUUACAGUUUACUUGGUGUAUCCAAAACUGCAAGCAGUAGAGAAAUAAGACAGGCUUUCAAGAAAUUGGCAUUGAAGCUACAUCCUGAUAAAAACCCGAAUAACCCAGAUGCACAUAGUGAUUUUUUGAAAAUAAACAGAGCAUAUGAAGUACUAAAAGAUGAAGAUCUGCGGAAAAAGUAUGACAAAUAUGGAGAAAAGGGACUUGCAGAUAAUCAAGGAGGCCAGUAUGAAAGCUGGAAUUAUUAUCGUUAUGAUUUUGGUAUUUAUGACGAUGAUCCUGAAAUCAUUACAUUGGAUAGAAGAGAGUUUGAUGCUGCUGUUAAUUCUGGAGAACUGUGGUUUGUGAACUUCUACUCCCCAGGGUGUUCACACUGCCAUGAUUUAGCUCCCACAUGGAGAGACUUUGCUAAAGAAGUAGAUGGAUUGCUUCGAAUUGGAGCUGUUAACUGUGGCGAUGAUAGAAUGCUUUGCCGAAUGAAAGGAGUGAACAGUUAUCCCAGCCUCUUCAUUUUUAGGUCUGGAAUGGCUGCAGUGAAAUACCAUGGUGACAGAUCAAAGGAAAGUUUAGUGAAUUUCGCCAUGCAGCAUGUUAGAAGCACAGUGACAGAAUUGUGGACAGGAAAUUUUGUUAACUCCAUACAAAAUGCGUUUGCUGCUGGUAUUGGCUGGCUGAUCACUUUUUGUUCCAAAGGAAGAGAUUGUUUGACUUCACAGACACGUCUCAGGUUAAGUGGGAUGUUGGAUGGUCUUGUUAAUGUAGGAUGGAUGGACUGUGCCACCCAGGACAACCUUUGUAAAAGUUUGGACAUUACAACAAGUACUACUGCGUAUUUUCCUCCUGGAGCCACUUUAAAUAACAAAGAGAAAAGUGGUAUUUUGUUUCUUAAUUCAUUGGAUGCUAAAGAAAUAUAUUUGGAAAUAAUGCAUAACCUUCCAGAUUUUGAACUACUUUCGGCAAACACACUAGAGGAUCGUUUGGCUCAUCAUCGGUGGCUCUUAUUUUUUCAUUUUGGAAAAAAUGAAAAUUCAAAUGAUCCUGAGUUGAAGAAACUAAAAACUCUACUUAAAAAUGAACAUAUUCAAGUUGGCAAGUUUGACUGUUCCUCUGCACCAGACAUCUGUAGUAAUCUCUAUGUUUUUCAGCCAUGUCUAGCAGUAUUUAAAGGACAAGGAACUAAGGAAUUUGAAAUUCAUCACGGAAAGAAGAUUCUUUAUGAUAUACUUGCCUUUGCCAAAGAAAGUGUUAAUUCUCAUGUUACCACACUGGGACCUCAAAAUUUUCCUGCCAAUGACAAAGAACCAUGGCUAGUUGAUUUUUUUGCCCCUUGGUGUCCACCAUGUCGAGCUUUAUUGCCAGAGUUACGAAAAGCAUCAAAGCAUCUUUACGGUCAACUUAAGUUUGGUACAUUAGAUUGUACAGUUCAUGAGGGACUCUGUAACAUGUAUAACAUUCAGGCUUAUCCAACAACAGUGGUAUUCAACCAGUCCAACAUUCAUGAAUAUGAAGGACAUCACUCUGCUGAACAGAUCUUGGAGUUCGUAGAGGAUCUUAUGAAUCCUUCAGUGAUCUCAUUGACACCCACCACUUUCAAUGAACUAGUUAAACAAAGAAAACAUGACGAAGUCUGGAUGGUUGAUUUCUAUUCUCCAUGGUGUCAUCCGUGUCAAGUCUUAAUGCCAGAAUGGAAAAGAAUGGCCCGGACAUUAACUGGACUGAUCAAUGUGGGCAGUAUAGACUGCCAACAAUAUCAUUCUUUUUGUUCCCAGGAAAAUGUUCGGAGAUACCCUGAGAUAAGAUUUUUUCCCCCAAAAUCAAAUAAAGCUUAUCAAUAUCAUAGUUACAAUGGUUGGAAUAGAGAUGCUUAUUCCCUAAGAAUCUGGGGUCUAGGAUUUUUACCUCAAGCAUCUAUAGAUCUAACACCUCAGACUUUCAAUGAAAAAGUUUUACAAGGGAAAAACCAUUGGGUGGUUGAUUUCUAUGCUCCUUGGUGUGGACCUUGCCAAAACUUUGCUCCAGAGUUUGAGCUCUUGGCUAGGAUGAUUAAAGGAAAAGUGAAAGCUGGAAAAGUAGACUGUCAAGCUUAUGCUCAAACCUGCCAGAAAGCUGGUAUCAGAGCCUAUCCAACUGUUAAAUUUUAUCCUUAUGAAAGGGCAAAGAGAAAUACUUGGGGAGAGCAAAUAGAUUCCAGAGAUGCAAAAGAGAUUACUACCUUAAUAUAUGAAAAAUUGGAAAACCUCCAAAAUCAUGGAAAGAGAAAUAAGGAUGAACUUUAAUGAUGUUGAAAAUGAAGAAAAAAAUUGAAAAGAAAUUGACAGAUGACGUCAGAAGCCACCUUUUCAGAAUGUUACUAUGUUCUGGAUGGGAAUAAAUGAACAUUACCUUGGA